AUGGUUUGUCUUCGUGGCACCUCUUACGUUCUUAUGCUGAAUGGUAGAAUGCAGGGGGGUUUUAGGGGUGUUAAGAGUCUUCACCAGGGGGACCCUAUAUCACCUUUACUAUUUAUCUUGAUUAUGGAAUAUCUUACGAGGCUGCUUCAACUAGGGGCUCAGCAACAAGAGUUUAGAUAUCACCCUCUGUGCAAAGGCCUUAAGAUCAUUAAUCUAUGCUUUGCUGAUGACUUAGUGAUCUUUUGCAAAGCUAAUAGCGGCUCAGUCCAGGUGGUUAAACAGGUUUUUGAGGAUUUCUGUAACAGCACUGAUUUGAAGGCUAAUAUCAGUAAAUCUCAUGUGUUUUUUGGAGGGGUUUCGGCUGCUGUUAAGGACCAGAUUAUUCAGAUAUUACAGCUUGAUGAGGGAACUUUCCCUCUUAAAUAUCUGGGGAUCCCUAUGCGACCAACAAAAUGGAAAAUGGCAGAUUGUGGUGAGAUUCUUAAAAAAAUCAAGCUUAGACUUCACACCUGGGCUAGUAGACAUUUAUCUUAUGCAGGGCGGAUUCAAUUGAUCACAUCUGUUCUUUUGGGAUUGCGUAAUUAUUGGAUGAACAUCUUCUUGCUCCCUCAAAGCAUUGUCAAAGAGGUAGAUAAAAUUUUCUUGUGGUUUCUUUGGGGCAACAAUGGUACUAGGAGUAAUUUUCAUCUCACUCCUUGGUCCUCAGUUUGUUUGCCGAAAAGAUUUGGUGGGCUAGGUUUUGGUGAAGGAACUAAGUGGAACAAAGCAAUGCUAGCCAAAUAUAUCUGGGCUAUUAAUCAUCAACCUGAGACUCUUUGGGUGAAAUGGGUCAACACAGUGUAUUUAAAAGGCCAAAGCUUUUGGCAGUACCAUCUUAAGGCGGAUACCAGUUGGUAUUGGCGCAAGAUCUGUCAUUUGCGUGAUGUGUUUUCUCAAAAGGAUAUUGAUGCAGCUGUUAGACAUGGGAGAUUUAAAGUUGGUUUACUUUAUAUGAAUUGUAUUCAUCAAGACCCGAUCAAGUACCAUCCUUCUGUUUGGAACAGAAUAAGUGUGCCAAAGCAUAGAUUUAUCACUUGGCAAGCGGUGAAUGGGAAGUUAUUAACUCGAGACCAUUUGCAUAGAGUGCUCAUGCAGCUUAAUAGCCUCCUCUGCCCAGUUUGUGAGCUAGCUGCUGAAAAUCAUGAGCAUCUAUUUUUUUACUGCAAUUUUUCUCAGCAGGUAGUCCAGCAGGUCCAACUUUGGCUGGGACGCACUUGGCCUUUGAAAUUCAAUGACUGGUCUCGGUGGAUUGAAAAUAUGAGAAGAGAUUUUAUAGUUGCGCUUGUGGCGGCUGUCUUCUCAACAACGAUUUAUUACAUUUGGUAUAAUCGUAAUUCUUGUUUUGUUAAUCACUUCUCUUAUAGAGUCAAUUGUAUAGUUGAUAUGAUUAAAAAAGAUGUUAGCUACAGAAGCAAGUGCUUUACACAAAGGAAGUUGACAGGCAAAGAGUGGAUUUUUGUGAGGAAAUUAUCAUCUGUGUAA